AUGAGGUCUCUUUUGGCUCUUACUUUGGCUACGGCCACUUCAGCUUUCGUCAUCCCCGAGGGUUUGGAUGCGUUCAAUACUUGGAAGGAUGAUCUGAAGCAGACGCUUGAAGACAUUCCUACUCGCUUCCGCAAGACUCUCGACGAAGCGACCGAGCAGCUCUCUACUGAGUUCACAGCCGCAAUUCACAGCAGACUCCAAGAUGAAGAAGCUUUCUUCCCUGAGGAUGAUGUAGACGACGAGUCUGCGGAUAUCUUUGGCCGAACAGGCGGUGACUUUACCGAUCAUACGACGUAUGAACUCAUCGCCAAGAGCAACUACACCAAGAAGUUCUUCAAGCUUGUGCAGAAGCACGAGAAGUUUGGAAAGUUGCUUAACAGCACUGAUGCGAACUACACGCUUUUUGUCCCGACUGAUGAGGCAUUUGAGCAUAUUCCUCAUCAUCAUAAGGAUAAGCCUAGUGAUGAGUUUGUCGAGGCUGUUCUUAACUACCAUCUUGGUAUUGGGGAGUAUCCUGCGUCGCGAAUUCUGUUCACGCAUACUAUUCCUACGACGCUGAAGGAGCCUCUGCUUGGUGAUAAGCCUCAGCGUCUUCGCACGAGCGUUGGAUUCUCGGGUGUGAGGGUCAAUUUGUACAGCAAGGUCAUUGCAGUCAACUUUAAAACCAAGAAUGGCAUCAUCCACGCCGUCAACAGAAUCCUCGUCCCUCCUCCCUUCAUCGGCAAGGAAAUCAGCCUCUUCCCCGCCCAAUUCUCAACCCUUCUCCUCGCCUUCGAAAAGACCGACUUCGUCAAGUACAUCCACAACAUCCCCAUGGUCGGCAGCACCGUCUUCGCCCCCUCCAACGACGCAUGGCGCCGUCUCGGUCCCCGCGCAAACGCCUUCCUCUUCAACACCGAGACAGGCAAGAAGUAUCUCAAGGCCCUUCUCAAGUAUCAGAUCGUCCCCAACAUUACUCUCUACAGUGAUGAGGUGUACUACGGCGAUGAGAAGGUGUCGAAGAAUUUUUAUGGUCAUGGAGAUGACUUCCACAUUGAGCUUCCUACGCUUCUUGAGAGGAGUGUUGGUGUUGAUGUUCAUACUUUCAAGAGCUGGACUACUAUUGUGUUGAAUGGACAUAAUGUUAUUGGGUUUAAUGAUGCUGUUGGUAAGAAUGGUGUCAUUCAGGUUCCCAAGACUAUCCCUAUUCCGCCUCAUAGAAAGGGUGAGCAUCCUUCUGAGAUGGAAGGUGAGAUUAGCGUUGAGGAGUUGAAGGAGAGAUUGGAGGAGUAUGUUGAGGAGGAUGAGGAUGACUUUGAGAACGGCGAGCUGUAA